CUCUCCUCUGCAUCAAUGGGUUCUACAGGAAACCCAAAUCCAUGGGGUCCAUACGAUUCGUACAGAGACUGUUCUCAAGGAGUAUGCAGCGUCUACUGUCCUCAAUGGUGUUACGUCAUCUUCCCUCCUCCUCCUUCCUUCUUCCUCGACGACGAAGAUGAUUCCUCCUCCUCUGAUUUCUCUCCUCUCCUCAUCGCCCUUAUCGGAAUCCUCGCCAGCGCCUUCAUCCUCGUCAGCUAUUACACACUAAUCUCCAAGUAUUGCCACCGCCGUCGCCUCGGCUCCUCCGGAGCUAUCAGCCGAGAUCUCGGAAUCUCUUCAUCCGCCACCGAUCCAUGGCAGGGAACAAUCCGAGCUCCGAAUCCGAAUGCGGAGGCUGGCGAUGGACUCGAUGAAUCUCUGAUCAAAUCGAUUACUGUUUACAAGUACAGGAAGGGCGAUGGAUUUGUGGAAUCGUCGGAUUGCUCUGUUUGUUUGAGCGAGUUUCAGGAAGACGAGAGUUUGAGAUUGCUACCCAAAUGCAACCAUGCCUUUCACGUCCCUUGUAUUGACACUUGGUUGAAAUCUCACUCUAACUGUCCUCUCUGCCGCGCCUUCAUCGCCGGAAUUAACGCCGUCGAGGCUGUUGCGGUUUCCAGUCAACCGAUCUCCGGACACCAAGUCUCUGCGGAAUCCGGUGAUCGAGACGAAGGUACCGUGGGGAUCAACUCGAUUUCGACCGAUCACCAUCGCCAGAUUGGAGAUUCCGUCGUCGUUAACUUAGAUCUGGAAACCAUAUCUCGGAAUGAGACGGUUAGUAACGUUAACGGCGGAUCGACGCCGAAACUACCGGAACCGCAUGGGUCAAGAGACGGAGAAGAUCAAGUGAAUCGGAGAUCGGCGUCGCUUAACUCAGGCGGCGUGGUAUUGAUCGCCGAUAUACUCCGGGAGAUUGAAGACGAUCAGGGAGACGAAGAGUCAUCGGGUGUAGGAACUUCUCGUCGUGUAGAAGACGGGGAAGGAGAGAAGACGCCUCCGCCGUCAGGAUCGGCGGCGAAUGAAACAAGUGGAAUUUCGAAUUUUCUGGUUCGGGGUUCAUUGGCGAUGAAGAGAUCCGUCUCGGCGGGGAAAUUUGCCAUCUCCAGUUACGAUCGAGCAAGAAAUUACCGUUUACCCAAUUAAUAA